CAGUCUCCUUCCUCACUCCUCAACGUGAUGUGAAGAUACUUUACUGUUUCACAACGUCAUAGAGAGAGAACAGUGACCGUCUUCAAGAUUUCUCAAGAAAAGCAAAUCGAAAAACUCAAAACUAAAGAUGGAGACAGAGAAGAAGAAUAGCAAGAAUCUAAGCCUAAAGCAUCUUGGGUUCGUUAGGGUUGCAGCGAUCCAGAUUCUGGCUUCCGUUUCAAAUCUCUACGACUACGCUAAACAAAACUCCGGUUCUCUCAAACCCGCUGUGGAAAAGGUUGAAGGAGCUGUCACCACCGUCGUCACCCCUGUUUACCACAAACUCAAAGAUGUUCCAGAUUCUCUCCUCGUCUUUCUAGAUCACAAGGUGGGUGAAGCAUCAUACAAGUUUGAUAAGCAUGCUCCUCCGAUGGCUAAGCAAGUGGUGACUCAAGCACAUGUAUUGAUCUACAAGGCAACAGAGAAAGCUCAGAGCUUUGUGAAAGAGGCUCGUACUGGUGGUCUCAAAGCUGCGUUUAACUUUGCUGCGACUGAGUACAAGUGUUUCGUUGUGACCAGCUCUGUUAAAGUCUGGGCUAAACUUAACCAGUACAAACCAAUUCAUGCAGUGGGUGAGAAAGCUUUACCUGUGGCUGCACACGUUUCUACUCGGUACAAUGAGUUGGUGACGGAUAUGACUCAGAUGGGUUACUCUUUGGUUGGUUAUCUUCCAUUGGUCCCUGUUGAUGAUAUUGUCAAGGCUUAUGAGAAAGAAGGUGCAGAGCAGAAGAAGAAGAAAGGAGAAGAUACAGCUACUACUGAUGGAAAGAAAGGAGAGACUACUGCCACUACUGAUGGAAAUGAAUCUUCCUCUGAUUCAGAUUAGGAUUGUGUGAUUUGGUUGUUGCCCUUUGGAGAGAGUUUGGUUUGGUUACGUAUGUAAAUGACCUUAGGACCUCUGCUUUUCAUCUUAGGACCUCUGCUUUUCAUCUUAGGACCUCUGUUUUUCUUUUCUUUGUUCGAUCUCAAAACUUGGUCAAGUGUCUCUCAGUUCUUGGUGGUGGUGUGAAAAAUGUGAUGUGUGGGUCUUUCAGAAAUUUAUAUUCAUAUCAAAGAUGGACAAUCAAAACAACUUUACUAAAAGCCAA